GGCCGGGGCGGCCAUGGCGACGGGCGGCGGCGGGGCCGCGGCAGCUCCCGGUGCCGGUUCUGGUCCCGCUGCGAGCGGCCGGCGGGGCCCGGGGCUGAUUUGGGCUGAAAAGAAGAGGCUGAACAAAGGGACAGAUGUGGUGGAGAAAAGGGGCCCGUACAUCAUGAGCAAACCUCCCUCCAUUCAGGCCAAGCUGAAGAGGCAGCGGGAGCUGGCAAAGGCAGCGCUGCGGAGGCAGGGGCUGCUGGGGGCACCCACUGCCCUGAAACCAACUCCUAAAAGGUCUGUGAAGUUCAACAAGGGCUACACGGCGCUCAGCCAGACAGCUGAUGAAAACCUGGUCUCCCUCGACUCAGACAGUGAUGGCGAGCCAGGAUCCAGGUGUUCCUCAGGAUACUCCUCCUCCGAGGCAAGUGACCCAGGACCUGAGCCGGCAGCUGCUGCAGGACGGGUACCACCUCGACGAGGUCCCCGAUGAUGAGGACCUGGAUCUCAUCCCCCCAAAACCUGCUGCCUCCUCUUCUUGCCCCUGUUGUUUUGGAGAAGGUCUCUCCUGCGUGAUCCAGUAGCUGCACAAGAACAGGUCAAAAAUCCAGCACUUUUUUUGUCCCGUGGGAUGGCUGGUGAGUGGCCGGGUCCCACGCCAGGACGGUGACACAAGGACUGAACGAUGCUGCUCAUGGCAGAGACCAACUGACCCCUAAAGACUUUUCCUUACACUCAGCAAUAUUGGGGGGAGGUGGCUCAGUGAUGUUUUGGUGGCCUGGAUGGGACCUGGCACUUGGCUGGGGUGGGAAGGGAGAACAGGCAGAGCCUGGCACCUCCACAGGGGUAUAAAGGGAAGGGUUUGGGAGUUUCUGGGGUUGGAGCUAAUGGCUUAUUCCCAUUCUCCUCAAUGCUGCUUUGAUGCAGGUGAGGCACAGCCCAGGCCCCCCUUGGAUUUGGGGGGCUGGGGAGCCUCCCUGCUGCAAA